GGUUGACGUAGCGGAAGGAGAUCAAUCAUUCUUUCGCACGAAAGAUGCAACCCGAACCCUCUUUUGAGUACUUGUUGGGAGAAGACUACGGCUCCAACGAGACCUCGUUCCUUGCUCUAUACUUCCCACCACGCUUCUUCCUCCUCCGAUCGGUAGAUUAAAUCUACUGUAGAAGGAGAGAUGUGAGCAGUCUCGAUCUCGGAGACCAAACAAUUUCGUAUCUUUUCGUAGAUUUCUCGCUUGAUUGCUCUAAUCGAUUACUUUGGAUAUGUCCAGGAGCUCGGAGGAAAUAGAAAGGGCCGCAAUCAAGCGCGCCAUCAAAGCUCUUCGGAAGCGGCAUUUGGUCGAGGAGGGCGCACACGCGCCGGCCAUCGCCGCCCUCGCCAGACCCCUAGUCGUCCUGGGGGAUUAGUAAAUUCUUUCGAGAUUACAUCACCACAUACCACUGAUGGGCCAUUCAAGGAGGCAUGUGAAGGGCUUAGAGUGGAAGGAAAAAGCUGAAAACCUUGAAUUAGAACUGCAACAAUGUUACAGAGCUCAAUCUCGGUUGUCUGAACAACUUGUGGUUGAAGUAGCAGAGUGCAGGAACUCAAAAGCUCUUGUUCAAGAGAAGGAAGAACUAGUAUCUAACCUGCAAGAUGAAAAUACACAAUUAAGGGAUGAAAACUCACAGCUUAAGAAGGAUUUAGAAGAAAAGACAAAAGCUUUGGAUCUAUUAAUAAGUGAGAACAAGUCAGUUAAAGCGCAACUUGAAGAGGUGAUGCUCAAAUUAAAAGAUGCAGAGGCUGAAAACAGGAAAUUGAUCGAUCGUUGGAUGUUGGAGAAGAUGAAGGAUGCAGAAAAGCUUAAUGAGGCUAAUGCCAUGUAUGAGGACAUGAUGGAACGUUUUAAGGUGUCCAGCAUAGAACAACUUGCAAGACAACAAGUUGAUGGAGUAAUUCGCCGAAGGGAAGCAGGAUAUGUGGAAUUUGGGGAGUCAGCCGUUCCUUCUGUGUGCAAGCAUACCAUCCAUGCUCAUGACGGUGGAUGUGGGUCCAUAUUGUUUGAGAACAACUCAGAUAGGCUGAUCAGCGGUGGGCAGGACCGAACAGUCAAAAUAUGGGACACAAAAACUGGGAACCCGAGUUCCACCCUUCAUGGUUGCCUCGGGUCGGUACUUGAUCUUGCUGUUACCCAUGACAACAGGUCUGUAAUCGCUGCCAGCAGCUCCAAUAACAUAUAUGUAUGGGAUGUAAGUUCGGGCCGUAUACGCCACACCCUAACGGGCCACACUGAUAAAGUAUGCACUGUGGAUGCGAGCAAAGUCUCCAGCCGCAAUGUUGUGAGUGCUGCUUAUGAUCAUACCAUUAAAAUCUGGGACCUCCAGAAAGGCUACUGCAUCAAUACCAUCAUCUCAAUGAGCAACUGCAAUGCCCUUUCCUACAACAUGGAUGGAUUGACCAUUUGUUCAGGUCAUGUAGAUGGUAAUCUUCGACUGUGGGAUAGCCGAACAGGGAAGCUAAUAAGUGAGGUAGCUGCUCAUUCACAGGCAGUCACAUCUAUCUGUGUUUCUCGAAGUGGUAAUCUGGUGCUAACGAGUGGAAGGGACAACUUGCAUAAUCUGUUCGAUGUUAGAACAUUGGAAGUGUGCGGGACAUUCAGAGCCAAUGGGAACAGGGUGGCAUCCAACUGGAGUCGAUCAUGCAUUAGUGCUGAUGAGAACUGUGUUGCAGCAGGGUCGGCAGAUGGGUCCAUCUAUGUAUGGUCGAGAUUAAAGGCUGAUAUGCCAAGCAUUCUGGAAGGGCACUCUUCGCCUGUUCUUACAUGCUCAUGGAGUGGGUUGGGGAAACCUCUAGCCUCGGCUGAUAGGAAUGGAAACGUGUGUAUAUGGAUAUGAUGGAUAAUACGUGUAAAAAUGUGGUAGUAGUGCAUAAAAAUGGAAAUAUUUAUUUGCCAUAUACUCUGUGUUCUUUUAUUACAUAAUUGAAUGUUUCUCUUAGGGUGAUUCUUU